AUGCCCAAAACGUUGGCCUUAAUGGCAGUGCAAAGGCAAACAGCAGCAUCAACAUCAGCAAGACCGGCAAUGAGGCUACAACAAGGGGGGCAAGAGGCUUUAGGGCUAGGGCUAGGGCUUGGGGUUGGGGUUGGGGUUGGAGGAUAUUGUGUGGGGGUUGGUGUUGGGGUUGGAGGAUAUUGUGUGGGGGUUGGCGUUGGGGUUGGGGUUGGGGUUGGCAUUGGGAUUGGAGUUGGCGUUGGGGUUGGAGGAUAUUGUGUGGGGGUUGGCGUUGGGGUUGGUGUUGGGGUUGGGGUUGGCGUUGGAGUUGGGGUUGGGGUUGGGGUUGGCGUUGGGGUUGGAGUUGGGGUUGGAGUUGGCGUUGGCGUUGGGGUUGGGGUUGGGGUUGGGGUUGGCGUUGGAGUUGGGGUUGGGGUUGGCGUUGGCGUUGGGGUUGGAGUUGGGGUUGGAGUUGGUGUUGGCGUUGGGGUUGGGGUUGGGGUUGGGGUUGGCGUUGGGGUUGGCAUUGGGAUUGGAGUUGGCGUUGGGGUUGGAGGAUAUUGUAUGGGGGUUAGGGUUGGCGUUGGGGUUGGGGUUGGGGUUAGGGUUGGGGUUGGGGUUGGUGUUGGCGUUGGGGUUGGGGUUGGAGUUGGCGUUGGGGUUGGGGUUAGAGUUGGAGUUGGUGUUGGCGUUGGGGUUGGGGUUGGCGUUGGGGUUGGCAUUGGGAUUGGAGUUGGCGUUGGCGUUGGCGUUGGAGUUGGGGUUGGGGUUGGAGUUGGCGUUGGUGUUGGGGUUGGAGGAGAUUGUGUUAGUGUUGGGAUUGGGGUUGGACUUGGGGUUGGGGGAGAUUGUGUUGGGGUUGGGGUUGGCGUUGGGGUUGGGGUUGGGGUUGGAGUUGGCGUUGGUGUUGGUGUUGGGGUUGGAGUUAGAGUUGGGGGAUGUGGUUUUGGGGUUGGGGGAGGGCAUUUUGGAGUUGGAGGAGGUUGUUUUGGAGUUGGGGGAGGUGGUUUUGGGGUUGGGGGAGGGCAUUUUGGGGGUGGGGUUGGGGGAGGGCAUUUUGGUUUUGGGGUUGAGGGGGGAGGGUGUUUUGGUUUUGGGAUUGAGGGGGGAGGGUGUUUUGGUUUUGGGAUUGAGGGAGGAGGGUGUUUUGGUUUUGGGGUCGAAGGGGGAGCGUGUUUUGGGGAUUUUGGUGGUGUUGGUGGUGGACAAUUAGGAACAUGA